GCCCACUACCUCUUAGCCUUCUGGAAAACACGGGGUCACGAGGCAGGGGCGAUGCCAGCCCCCUGACCAUGUUCCAUAUUUCCGAAUUUCAAGAUGAAACUUUCUCCACCAACGAAAAGGAUCCCACGGAUCUGAAGCCGAGUGUCGGCGGGGCCAAGGACCUGAACAGCCCGUCCCAUGAGAACCCAGAACUGAGACGCCGCAUUGGGUCUGACCAACUCGAUUCGGAGACCUCCGAUGAGGUGGGGACAUUCCGGGCCCGCUCCCGCUCCGCCCCUCCCAUCUUGUGGGCCGCGCAGCGAUACGGCCGAGAAUUACGCAGGAUGAGCGAUGAAUUUCACGGCGCCCUCCAGAAGCUUCCGCGCCCGAAAAGCGCCGGGACCUGUUCCCGCAUGGACCACCCUCCCAGCUGGAAGGACACUCUGCGGUCAUGGUGGCGCCGAAGUUGCCCGGAAAAUGGACCUUCCGGUUCUUAACCGGGCGUUGCUGCUACCUGUUGGGGGGGUGG